GACACAGAGUAAGACAAUCUCCUCCUGUCCCCUUUCCACCUUCCGUAACUGAGCCGCAGCUAACCAUGGAGCUGAGGUAUGCUUCACUGAUAGCCUUUCUGAUCCUCAGUUCGACUGUCACUGCCGAUUACGUCCGGCCAGAGCCUCGGAAAAACCUACGAUUUCCAUGGAAUCCCAAGCACCCCUCUCGUCCUCAGCAGAAAAGAAGUGCUACGGUGUUGAAAAUUUUGAUUCAAAUGCUAGCUUUGCUCCGCACUCGUGCACAUCUCCUUGGCAGGAAAGGGCAUAUGCGAAUCACAUGGAUAACAGAUAAUAAAUCUUCUCCCUCUAUUGUUGAAUAUGGAACUUCACGAGGGAAAUACAGCGAUAGUGCUCAAGGUGAGAGCACCUCUUAUGGUUAUCUACUGUAUAACUCAGGAAAAAUACACCACACUGUAAUCGGACCUCUGAAGCAUGAUACCAUUUACUACUACCGUUGUGGAGGACAAGGGCCAGAAUUCAGCCUCAAGACUCCCCCAUCUCAAUUUCCAGUUACUUUUGCUGUGGCUGGUGAUUUGGGUCAGACUGGCUGGACUAAGUCAACCCUUGACCACAUAGACCUAUGCCGUUAUGAUGUAUAUCUGCUCCCUGGAGAUCUUUCAUACGCUGAUCGCAUCCAAUCGCGAUGGGACACAUUUGCCACUUGCAAGUGCAAGCCCUGGAUGGUAACUCAAGGAAACCAUGAAAAGGAGGGUAUAAUGCUAUUUGAGGACAGCUUCGUUUCAUACAAUGCUAGAUGGAAGAUGCCAUUUAAAGAGAGUGGAUCAACUUCAAAUCUUUAUUAUUCUUUUGAUGUUUCGGGGUGCAUCUUAUCAUGCUUGGCUGAUCUUUUGAAAGUUGACCGGAGGAGGACCCCUUGGGUUGUUGUUUCAUUCCAUGUUCCAUGGUAUAACAGUAAUAAGGCUCAUCGAGGUGAAGGGAAUAGCAUGAUGACAGCUAUGGAACCAUUGCUAUAUGCUGCUGGUGUGGAUGUUGUGAUCGCUGGCCAUGUACAUGCUUAUGAACGCACGAAGCGUGUCUAUGGAGGUAGAUCAGAUCCCUGUGGCGCUGUCCACAUAACAAUUGGUGAUGGAGGAAACAGAGAAGGUCUAGCACACAGAUAUUUACAUCCCCAACCGGAGUGGUCCAUUUUCCGGGAAGCCAGCUUUGGUCACGGAGAGCUCAAGAUAGUGAAUUCAACUCAUGCUUUCUGGAGUUGGCAUCGGAAUGAUGAUGAUGAAUCGGUGAGAUCUGAUCAAGUCUGGAUAACCUCUUUGGUCAAUUCAGGAUGCCUUGCUGAUAAGGGCCUGGAACUAAGCAAAAUGGGGAAGGCUGACAUUGUUAUGUUUAAAUGUCUACAAGUUGCAAGAGAUAAGAGCCACUCCGUUGAAUCCUCCAGACUUAACGUGCCUGACACUCUUAGCACUUAUAGUACUCCA